CUGUUGUUGUGUAGUCGAGUGGUUUGAAACGGCAAAGCAAGCUCUGUUUUAAACUGACGAAUAACUUGUUGGAGAAGGAGCAGUGAGGCAGCCUGUGGGAACAAGAAGCAGUAUUUACAUCUGCCAGAUGUCAUCAGACGAGGAGGAACCAACCAGUCCUGUUCUGCCCAAGGACUCGGAUCAUGGCAGCUCCGUGUCCUCUGAGCUUCAGGAUGAGUAUGAGGAGCUCCUCCGCUCCGCUGUGGUCACUCCUAGGUUUGAGACGCUCACCACUGCUCACUUGCAGCGGCUGAGUGUCUCUCAUCUGUCUGCAGAGAGUCGGAAGUCCCAGAGAAAAGAUGACACCAAAUCCCAGCUCCCAGCAGAAACUUCCACGGAAGCUAAAGACGGGAGGCACUCUAGCAGAAGCGUGAGAUCAACACAGGCCUCACCCUUGAUUGUUGAGCCCUCCACACACUCCAGGGAACUUCAUGCUGAGGAGAUGGGGGGUCACUCGUCUGGCAGGGUGUCACUGCUCUCAGACGCUGCCUCUGACAGGCUGCAGGCGGCGACUAAGAGGUCCAGGCCAAACAGCCCGGACCCCCUCGCAUCGGCUGUGACAGAGAUGUUUGUCUCGGAGGAGAACAUCAGCAAGAUGGAGAACAUUCUGGACACGUGGAGUAACAAUCUGAAGUCAAAUGUGCUGAGGGAGCUGCGGAGGUGGAAGCAUGUGUUCGUGGAGCAACACAAGCUGGAGAUGAAGCAGGAGAAGGAGAGGUGUGCCGCUCAGACAGCUGGCCUGAAGGCAGAGCUGAACAGCCUGAAGGAGCUGCUCCACACCUAUGAGACAUCAAACCAGAGAAAAGAUGAGGUGAUUGUGAGCCUGAGCCAGGUGUUGGACAGACAGAAAGAGAAGAUGGAAAAGAUGAGGGCUUUCACACAUUGGAGACUUCGACACACCGAGGCCAAAGAAGAGGCCUAUGCUGCUCAGGUAGCACAGCAGCACUACGACCAGCAGCUGAAGAAGAAGGUGUGGUUGGGCUGGCACGCUCUGAUCCAGAAACACUGGAAGGUCAAGGUGGAGCAGGCUUGUCGCGCAAGGGCUGAGGAGGUCUGCGCGCAACUGUCUGCUGAGUAUGAGGCCAAGCUGGCAGAGCACUGCGAGGCGAUAGAGAGGGCUCAGGCCGAGAUUCAGAGACUACGACUGGAGCGAGAGCGCUAUGAGGAGUCCAUGAAGAAAGCCUUCAUGAGGGGCGUGUGUGCUCUCAACAUGGAGGCUCUCAGCAUGUUCAACACUACAGAGGGACCGCCUGAGCAACCUCCAGCUCACGAUCAGCACGAUCCUCAGCCUCCUCAGGAUGAGCCUGGCUCUGCUGCACUGGCUCAACGUAAAGCGUAUCCCAGCUCUUCCACGCGGUUCAGCCCCGUUCACUUUGACCGCCCGGACCCUCCCUCCCAUUGUGGCGCAGAGGAUAUGUUGGGUUCUGGUGUCCCUGUGGCCAGAUCAGAAGUUCCCCAUCCCACUACAGUGGUGCACAGCUUCCUACCACUCGGGGGCGCUGCAAGUUCCAACAAACAGGUCGGUGGUCGGGUUGUGACAGCCAGUCAACAGAAACCCACGAAAACCAUAACUGCUCGAGUCACAGGGAGAGCUGACAUGAGCAAGACUGCACGCAGCAACCUGCAGGUGUCGGGUGUGGCUCCGCCCAUGAGCUCUGUGAUAGUUGAACGUCAUCAUCCUGUGACGCAGCUCACAAUCGGUCAGGCCACGGCUGCAAAGUUUCCUCACUCCACCCAACAUGGCCAUGGCUCCACCGGAGGCCGAGGCCCCUCCAGACCACAAACCAGCACGUGCCAUGUUCACUCCAUCAAAGUAGUUGACUGACCACACCAGCAUAUUUGUCAGAAAGUGAUGCUCAGCUUGAUUAGAACUAAGAUUAAACACACCCAAUGCAACUACGUUAGAAAUCGUUAUCCUGGCAUUGGCCUCAGGUCCAUUUUAUAUUGAAGUGUUGAAUUUGCUCUUUGUCUCUACAUUUGAAUUGAACAUUUGUUUUUCACUUUCCCUUCAUGAAUGUGAAAUGCCAUGGAUGCAAAUGCAAAUGGACACAGGUGUUAAGAACUGCACAUGUGGAUUCAUAACAUUAUUCAGUUAUGAAUAAUGAACAGUGGCAGAGUUAAGUAUUACAACAUUUAUUUCAGUGAAUGUUUUUAAUAUAAAUUAUGCACAGGUGAGGUUGUCAUGUGUAAAACCACAUCAUUUUAAAUAUUUGUGCUGAUGAUGAUAGUGAUGAUUUUGACUGAGACCACAGGUUGUUGACUAAACCCAAGCCAUUUGUCCAUUAUUUGAUGCAGAAUCUUUUUUUUUUAUAUACAAAUAAAUUAUUUCGGGAGUAGAUGAAAUUGAUGUAAA